CUCCCCCCUUUCUCCCGCUCCCACGACUCCAGUCAACAGCCGUGAGACGACGCGAAUCUCCCGGGCGGCUAGCCCCGAUGAUUUAGCCGGAGAGCCCGUCGCGGCCGGAUCAGCCAGCGCAAUGCCGGCCCCGCCGGAAAGCGCGGCGGGCGGCAGCAGCGGGGAGCACCUCCGCGGCCACGCGCACCUCACCAACUGCAUCCACCUGCGCCACCACCACGCGCACGGCCACGGCAGCGCGUCCGGCCGGCGGCGCAGCCCCCCCGAGUCCUCCGCGUCGCUCAUGCGGGACCUCCUCGCGAUGCAGCGCUCCCGCUCGCUCCGGGACCCCACCCUCCUCGACCAGCUCGCGGAGGACCCGCGCCCCAGCGCCCGCCGCCCGCGCCGCCGGUUCAGGCGCGGGGCCGGCCGCCGCGCCGCGCCCGCUGCCGCGGACGCCGGCGCUCUGGAUCGCGCUGGCGCCUUCUCCGCCAACUCCAGCUCCCAGGAGGCCGUCUGCGGCAACAGGUACUUCUUCGGCGCCGGCGCGGGCAGCGACGACAGCGAGGGGCUGCAGCCGCGCCCGCGGCCCCAGGCGUCGCAGGACUCGCGCAACGUCUGCGGCAUCCCCUGGAACUGGUCGCGCCUCCACCACCGCAGCAAGUCCAUCCUCGACAUGGCCGGCCGGAGCCUCUCCUGCGGCCUGUCCGACCCCAAGUCGGCGGCCGCGGCGCGGAGGUCCUUGGCCGCCACUUCCUGCGGUGCCUACGCGGACGGGUCGCGUUCGCACCCGCACUUCCCGGUGACGGCGAGGCUGACGUCCUCCACCAGCUCCGACUCCGACUCACUGCCGCUGCUCGCCGAGGGCGCGCGGAAUGGCAUCCGCGCCAUUUCCAGGAGCUUCUCUGGGGAGCUCGGGAUUUUCUCCAAUCAGAGCAGCGAGCUGGAUUCCGACCUCAUGUCCGAGGCGCGCUCGGGGCAGAAGUCGCGGGGCUCGCAGCGUGGCCGGCACCGGAGCCUCACUCAGAAGUAUGCACCCAGGACUUUCAAGGACGUUGUUGGGCAGAGCUUGGUUGUGCAGGCGCUGUCCAAUGCCAUUCUCAAGAGGAAGAUCGGGUUCGUCUAUGUCUUCUAUGGGCCGCACGGUACAGGCAAAACAUCGUGUGCUCGGGUGUUCGCCAAGGCGCUGAACUGCCAUUCUCCUGAACACCCCAAGCCUUGCGACACAUGCGCGUCUUGUAUCGCGCACAAUCUGGGAAAGAGUAGAAGUUUGGUGGAGAUUGGGCCUGUUGGUAACAUUGACCUGGACAGCAUUGUGGAUAUCCUUGACAAUGUGAUGCUUUCGCCGCUACCGGCGCACCACAGGGUGUUCAUCGUGGAUGAUUGCAACACACUGCCGCCUGAUACGUGGAGUGUCAUAUCGAAGGUUGUCGAGCGUGCACCUCGGCGUGUGGUUUUUGUUCUCAUCAGCCCAAAUCUCGACCUCCCACAUAUUAUUAUGUCAAGGUGCCAAAAGUUCUUCUUCCCCAAACUGAAGGAAUGCGACAUUGUCAACACUUUGCAGUGGAUUUGUACUAGUGAUGGCCUAGAUGUCGAUAGAGAUGCCUUGAAGCUUAUUGCUUCCCGGUCAGAUGGGUCACUGAGGGAUGCAGAGAUGACCUUGGAUCAAUUGAGUUUGCUUGGGCAGAGAAUUACAAUGCCACUUGUUCAAGAACUUGCUGGCUUGGUUUCUGACGAUAAAUUGGUAAAUUUGCUUGAUUUGGCACUAUCUGCUGACACUGCAAACACGGUGAAAGCUUUGCGUGAUAUUACUGAAACAGGUGUUGAACCUUUGUCCCUAAUGUCUCAAGUCGCCACAAUAAUAACUGAUAUCCUUGCUGGCACCUACACAUUCACACAGGAAAGAAUUCGAAGAAGGUUCUUCAAACGUCCAACAUUAUCAAAGGAGGAUAUGGAAAAACUGCGCCAGGCCUUGAAAACACUCUCUGAAGCUGAAAAACAGUUGAGGGUCUCUAAUGAUAAGAUGACCUGGCUUACAGCUGCUCUGCUCCAGCUUGCUCCUGAUAAACAGUAUGUACUGCCAAGUUCAUCGACAAGUACAAGUUUUAACCAGGGUUUGCCUACAUACCCUGAUGGUGAUAUAGCAAGGAACUCUGGUCCGCAUGGGUUAUCAAGAGCAUCUGACCAAGAAAAUCUGCAAUACAGAAGAAAUGCUAAUCUGGGGAUUUGUUCUAGCCAUGUCACGGCAAACAAUUACCAUGGUGGAAGGAGACUCAGGGAACAUACACCAGAUGGCCAUAUGUUGUCAACAAGUGCUACCAGAAUGAAUGAAGGAUCUAAAUGUAGCAAAACUGACAACGAGAUGAUUUGGCAAGCUGUUCUAGAAAAUGUCGAGUCAGAUUCGUUGAGAAAAAUGAUGGCUAAAGAGGGACGGGUGAUUUCUGUUAGCCUUGGCACAGCACCAACUGUGCAGUUAAUGUUCAGUUCUCGAGUGAAUAAGUCCAAAGCUGAAAAGUCCAGGGGUCAAAUUUUGCAAGCAUUUGAGUCUGUUCUUUCUUCUGCUAUAAUACUUGAAAUCCGAUAUGAAUCGAAGGAUGGUGGAGAAGGUGUUGAGGAUACCUAUUCCAACAUUGCUUUAACGAGGUCUUUCACGAAACAUAGUUCAGUUUCUUCUGGAGGUGAGAAUUUAGUUAGCAGGCUCCAGAAAGGCAGAGUUGCCCAGGGUACUAGCUCAAAUCAGACAAGAUGGAUGCAAUCUGAUCCACACAUAUUGACUGAAGGUGAGAUUAUUGAAGUGGGCCCUUCUGAAAUGGGAUGGUACGGGGAACCAGAUACUGGUGCUGUUGCCUCAGAUAAAAGAAGAAGUGUAUGGGAAGCAGCUUUGUCAUCACAAGACCAAGAAAAUAUACGUCCUCCAGGAGGAACAAAUGAACAUGAUCGACAAAAAAAUAUAGUAAGAGGUAAGGUAUCUCUUGCUCAUGUUAUUAACAAGGCGGAAGCUUGUUCUCAACAAGGAGGCUGGUCAAGACAAAAAGGCAUGUCAACAACAGAAAAGUUAGAGCAAGAGAAUUUGAGAUUAGAGCCUAGGUCGAGUCUGCUUUGUUGGAAAGCUUCGAGCACUACUAGACGGAAGCUCUCAGCAUUGAAGAUAAGGACUCGAAGAUCGCGAGCCCUAUCAAGACUCGUCUUGUGUGGAAGGUGCAUUUCAGUGAAAUCUCCAAGAUAACAUGCCGCCGCUGAGGCCCACCAGAUUUUUCAUGGAGCUAAAUUGAUCUCUGUGGCUGAUUCUCUGUAAUUGUAGCAACCUGUAAGAAUGUAGGUCAUUCUGUACAUCGUUUAACUUUAACAUGUAGAAGAAUGAGAAAUUUCCAUCAUGUCCA